GGGUGCCCGAGGCCGGUUAGCAGCGAGAGAGCGGGCGCCGCUGGAAAGAACGAGUGGCUUGCACUUGACAAGGUGGGUUUGUACUUCCAGCUUUUUCCCUUUGAGGACCUCCUGCCCAGCUACAGUGAUGUGGUUCCUGGAAAAGAUCAGAGCAUCACAAGGAAAUGGAAACCUCCCUAGCUCCUCAUUCCUGGGUCUGCCACCUGGCCAAAAUCUGCCUGAAAAAGCCCGACUGGGGACUGCUGCUUUUCCUAAUGUGCUCACCCCUGACAGAAUCCCUGAAUUCUGCAUUCCCCCCAGGCUGACCAGCUCUGGCCCUGUUAAGGGCACCGGCUCCCACCAGGACCGCGGUUCAGAGGAUGCAGAUCUUGAUCCUUCCGACUACAGCCCCAGCUUUUCUUUGCCACAUCUCAUUCAGGUGGAAAGUGCUGAAGAGAUCCCAGCCCUGGAGGAAGAAAGCACCAACUCGGACCCACAGUCCCAAGCAGCGCUCUCCCUGCCUCACUUUCUCAGAGCCCCCACUUCCUAUGGCUUCUGCACUUUGCUGGAGAGUCCCCACACCAGGAGAAAGGAGUCCAUCUUCCACGGUGACCCACGUGGUACUCUGCCCAGCUUGAUGCUGUCUCGAUCCAGAGCUAACACAUUCAGUGGCAAAGGGAGUACGUCUAAUCCUAUUGCUAUCAGCUUUGCUUCUGUGAGGCUGCCUCCCAAGCACCUCUCUCUGCACAGGCAAGGCGCGUGUGACAGCGAUACUGCCUCCUCCAGUGAUUCCUCUCCUUUCAGUUCUCCGCUUCUCAGCAGGUCGCCUCCCAGAUCCUGUUCCCUGAUCAAAACACAAAGUCUGGAGGGAUUGCUCUGCCGAGCGCUGAAAGCCAAGAACAGAUUCAGCAUGGCCAGGAACAAUUCUCUCUCUACAGAGGAGAGCAGCUCCACUGAUAACAGCCCCAGUGCCAUCAGGCGGGCCUCAGAGGGGCUGCUUGCCACGCGGAGCUUUAGCAUGUCCUGUUCUCCCAUAUUUCCCCUGGACCUGACUCGCAGCCGGGAGAGACUAGUGGGAGAGAGCACUGUGGUAAUGGACAAGGGAGGCAUGUUGAGGCUAUCGGCUGAAUACUGCUCAGAAAAUGAAAGGCUGCGGAUCCGCCUGAUCAGUGCAGAGGGUUUAUAUGAUGACUGUGUAGAGCCCAAAAACAUAAACUGCUGUAUCACCUUCUCCCUGGUGCCAGGGAAAACACAGAAGCAGAGAAGCACUGUUAUAAAGAGAAGUAGAAAUCCCAUCUUCAAUGAGGACUUCUUUUUUGAUGGCAUUGCAGAAGAGCAGCUUUACAGCCUCUCUGUAAGGAUGAAAGCAAUGAAUAAAGGGUGCAUUAUGAAACGGGAUUACACCUUAGGAGAACGGGAAUUGUCUUUAAUGAGUAUGUUGUCAGUGUAAUACUUCAAACAUUCAAACAGACUAAUUUUGUCUUCUGAAAGUUUUCUACUAAAUAAAGUUUUGGGUUGACUUCUUUUUUAAAG